CGCGUCCUCCUCCUGCCCGUCGCGGCGCAGGCGCGGUGGCGCGGUGGCCCUGCCCUGCGGCCCCGCCCCAGCGAGGAGGGCCCUCCUCCGUCGGUGGUCGGCCUGGGUCUCCCGGGCGCGCACCGGAGCGAUGCCUCGCUAUUGCGCAGCUAUUUGCUGCAAGAACCGCCGGGGACGCAACAAUAAGGACCGGAGGUUGAGUUUUUACCCGUUUCCUCUACAUGACAAAGAAAGGCUUGAAAAGUGGUUAAAGAAUAUGAAACGUGAUUCUUGGAUGCCCAGUAAAUACCAGUUCCUGUGCAGUGACCAUUUCACUCCUGACUCUCUUGAUGUCAGAUGGGGGAUCCGGUACUUGAAGCACACUGCGGUUCCCACAAUAUUUUCUUUGCCUGGAGACAGUCAGGAAGAAGACCCUUCCAAAAACAACUGUCCGAAGAAACAAACAGGUGACGAGAAAGAAGUGUGCCUGGAAGCCAAGUCACAAAAGUUUUCUGUGUCACAAGAGCCAGAGACAAACACAGCGAACCCAGCUGUCCUCCCCGAGCAAGCCCGGUCCCCCGCUCCCUCUGCCCUGGCCAGGCCCCGGGCCCCAAACACAGGGAGUGCACAGAAUAACAUAGUCAUUCUUACUCUCGUUAACCAAGGUACAGAAAAACCUGAAUCGACCUCAGAAACGUCAGUUAACCAAGGCAUAGGUGUGGGUGGGUUUCACACAUCUCUUGGGAGUCUAAAUUCUGCAGCUGUUACUUUGACAACCUCAAAUUCAGAAGGUAUUCGGCAAUCUCUGGAAACCCAAGAAGUGUUUGAAAUAACUACCAGUCAUCUUGCCAGUCCAAACAUCACAAAUAAUUCCAUAGAAAUUAAGACAGCACAGGAAAAUCCAUUCUUACUCAGCACAAUUACUCAGACAGUUGAAGAAUUAAACACAAACGAGGAAUCUGUUAUUGCCAUUUUUGUACCCACAGAAAAUUCCAAACCUACAAUGAAUUCCUUUCUACCUGCGCAGAAAGAAGCCGUGGACCCGGAGGACACGGGCACUGACGAUUCCUUAUACAAGGACGUAGACUUUGAGACAGACGUUCUACAGAUUGAACACUCUUACUGUAGACAGGAUACAAACAAGGAACAUCUUUGGCAGAAGGUCUCCAAACUGCAUUCAAAGAUAACUCUUCUCGAGCUGCAAGAGCAGCAAACUCUGGGGAGACUGAAGUGUCUGGAAGCUCUCAUAAGGCAGCUGAAACAGGAGAACUGGCUCUCGGAAGAAAACGUCAAGAUCAUAGAAAACCACUUCACAACAUACGAGGUCACUAUGAUGUAGAGAGGUCUCGAAGCCAUGGCUUUUCUGUAAGCACUUCGCAGCCAAACCAAAUUACACGUAACGCAAGCUUCCUCCUGCAUGAAGUUCUCAUCUUCAUGAAGCCAGGAGAGUGCUCUCGUGUUGUGAGCCGCCGCAUUCUAUUCUCGAACUCCUCAGUUUUGGGGAAAAGCUAGAGCGUUGUUGGGCUGUAGAUACAAAGUUUUAUUACUUGGCAAUUUAAAGUAUAAUGAGUAAGUAAGAGGAUUUGGGCAUAAAAGGAGAGAACACAGGUACGGUAAGAAGGGCCCACAGUAAAAGUCCGGCUCAGGAAUAACCCUGGUUCUCCCAUUGGCAUGUGACUAAGGCAAGUUGCUUGUCAAGGUUAAGCCUCAGUCUCUUAAUCUAUAAAGUCAGAGCACUUAACUAGAUCCUAAAAGCAGUGUGUUUACAAUUCCUUCCCUUUCUAGUCACAUGUUUUUAAUAGAACUUUUCUCCAAGGUGAUCUGUAGGGACAUAAUACUGGGUAUUGGCUAGAAUUUGAUUUUAUUAGCUAUUGAAUUAUCCUUGAUAUUUAUUGAAUUGUGUGGUGUUUGACCUUUUGGCUAAAGUCAUUCAUAAUAAUGAAGGAAGAUACUCCUUUUGUAAUUUUAUUCCAGUUGAACUAAAGUGAUUCACCCAUUAGCCUAGUUCCUAGGAGAGGUACUUUACACUUGAAAGAAUAUGUAUUUCAGCACCUUGUGUGUGGCUGACUGUCAUAAAGAUACAUAGUCAUUUAAGCUUCUUAAUACUGUAUAUAUAAGAUUAUAAUUUAUAAACCAAAAGUUUUAAUGAGGUUAAUUUUUUAAAUAUAUUACUAUAUUUUAGAAAACAUCCUUUGUAUCUAAUAUGUGUAGCUUUUUAAAAUGUGUGCAUGUGUCAUUUUUAAAUCCAGAAUGAUAGAGUAAUACUUAAUACUGUAUAUUCCCACUUAAGUAUAUUUUAUUAAAAUUUAUAUUCAGCAAAUUAUAAAUAUGUAGUGAUGACCUUCAACAAAUAGGAAAAAGAAGUGACAACGAUGUAAAUAAUACUGUGUAUAUCCAUAUGAAUUUAAAAAACAUACAAGCAAAGCCUUAGUGAUAAUAGAAAUGUGAAAAA